CAAAGGCGGAGGGAGGCGAUGAACAAUACCCCAGGCAGCCGAUGCAGAGAACAGGACCCCUACUUUAUUUAUGCCAUUCAAAUGACUGGGAUUCCUUACAAAAUGGCUUGAAAGAGACGGUCUGUUUGUAGAAGAUGAAUGAUGGCAUGGAUUUAGGCAGCGACGCCUGCAGCAGCCGCUCGAGCUCGGAGUCCAGUUCCAGCAAAGUGACCCCUUGCUCGGAAUGCAAAUCCUCCCCGUCGCCGACCAGCCUGGACUUGGCUGCCUUGGAGGACUCGGAAGAAGAGGAGGAGGAGGAGGGGGAGGAUUUCCAGGUGUACAAGAGGAAGGUGAUUGAUGUGUGGGAGGCAGAAGGGGACUAUGCCCGCUGCUAUGCCAAACUGCACAAUGCCAACGUGGUGCCCUCCGGCCGCAGGACUGGACGCAGAGGGGGCAGGGACUCCAGCAAAGCCCCCCACCUCCAGAAAGCCCCGCUGGGCAACGGCCUGGGCAAGCUCGGCAAUGGGGGACCGCUGGUUGCCUUUCACCCGUGGGAGCACUCCACGGGAGGGACGGUGUCGAAAGAGCCGGAGGCUCAGGUGCCCGUGCCCACCAUGGACUGGGAGGCGCUGGAGAAACACCUGGCCGGCCUGCAGUGCCAAGAACAGGAGAUCCGGAACCAGAGCCAGAAAAGCAACUACACCUCAGCUCAAAAAAAUGAGAGGGAGUCUAUCAGGCAAAAGCUGGCGCUUGGAAGUUUCUUUGAUGAUGGCCCAGGAAUUUAUACCAGCUGUAGUAAAAGUGGCAAGCCAAGUCUUUCUUCUCGGUUACAAAGUGGGAUGAAUUUGCAAAUUUGUUUUGUAAAUGACAGUGGCAGUGAUAAAGACAGUGAUGCAGAUGACAGCAAGACUGAAACAAGUCUGGAUACUCCUUUGUCCCCCAUGAGCAAGCAGAGCUCUUCCUAUUCUGACAGAGACACUACUGAAGAGGAGUCGGAGUCCCUAGAUGACAUGGACUUUCUUACCAGGCAAAAGAAACUUCAAGCUGAAGCCAAAAUGGCCUUGGCAAUGGCAAAACCAAUGGCCAAAAUGCAAGUAGAGGUAGAAAAGCAAAACAGGAAGAAAUCUCCAGUAGCUGACCUUCUGCCACAUAUGCCUCAUAUAAGUGAAUGCUUGAUGAAGAGAAGCUUAAAGCCUACAGACCUGAGAGAUAUGACAAUUGGGCAGCUGCAAGUGAUAGUCAAUGAUCUACAUUCUCAGAUAGAAAGCUUGAAUGAAGAACUUGUGCAACUGCUGCUUAUUCGAGAUGAAUUGCACACAGAACAGGAUGCCAUGCUGGUAGACAUUGAAGACUUGACCAGACACGCUGAGAGUCAGCAGAAGCACAUGGCAGAGAAAAUGCCGACAAAAUAGAAUGAGAAGCCAUCAGACGAGAGAAAGAGCUAGAACUUUUUUUUGCUUCUGUGGUUGUACAAACGCUGACGCUCCACGGGUGGUGCACAAGAAAUCAGUGUUAGUCAUUGAUUCCGGGCACAAUCUCCUAGGCACCAGGAACCCCGCACGAGCCCCCCCUUGAAACUAACAGUGGAUGCGCAGCAACAGUGCUUGGUGAAUUGCUCCCAAUGUCUGAAGCUUUAUGUCCGGUGAUUGGCCUACAUGCUUUUUAAUUUAUUUGCUAUUUUUUUUACUUGUGCCACUAAAUAUUGGACAGUUCAAUAAUCUUAUUGUAGAACAAAAUGUACAGUACUUAUAAACAUUGCAAACCAUGAAAGAAGAAGAGAGGGUAGUUGAACUUUUUAUUUUUGUUUAUUUUAGAUUUUUUUUUAAGUUAAACAGUAUUUUACCAUUAACUACUACUUAUUGUUUCACCGUAGUUUUAAAACAAAUGAAAUUGUAAUUUGACGGUGCUAUACAAGUUAAAAGAAAAAAACAUACAUGCCUGCCUCAUAGUGAAGUUGUAGCUUUCAGUAAUAUGUAUAUUUUAAUCAGUUUUCAACAUUUUGUGAAUGUUGACUACCUGGCAUUCAUUUUUAGAUGUGCUAUUAACAUGCAGUUGGGUUGAAAGAGUUACCUUGAAAGUUUUAUGUACAAAUAUGUAAAAUAAAAAUUAAAAAUUUCUUUCAUA